AUGACAUUGCGGCACGGCCAACGAGUCGCGAAGCCUUCACCACACGACCAAGCGAGUGAGGCUGAACUCGCUUCUCGCGCCGCGCUUCCGCCAAGCGCCUCGGACCACCACUCCAUUCCCACGUUUUCCCUUCCCCCGUCCGCCGUUCCCGCCUCCUCUGCGCACGUUAACGCGCGUCGAGCCGCCUCGGCGUCGGCCGUCACUACCCUCGGCGGUGCUUCCAAUGGGCUACGUGCGAGGAGCCGCAAUGGGAGCUGGAGCUUUCGACGCAGCGGCGUCAAACACGGCGGUAGUCAAGGCAGAAGUCCCGGCGGUAGUCACGGCGGCAUUGACGGCGGCAGCGACGGCGGAAUCACCAGCGGCAGGAGCCUUAGCGGCCGCAUGAUGUCCGGGAUAUUUGGAAAACGGCGCGACGCGAUCCCAGACAGCGGCCCUUUGAGACCCUCGUUUCACGGUGGCAUGGUGCGGCUCGUGUCACACAAUUUUCCGGACAUUCCGCUCGAGGAGAUGAAAUCCGACGCGCUUUGGGGGAAAACGUGGUGGUGGUUCGGACGAGUAUUGGAUCCGCGUACAACGCGUAUGAAGCGAUGGAUGAGAUUCGUCGCGCUGGUUCACUCCGCAUCGCUAGCCGUUGAUCCUUGCUUCCUAUACCUAAUCUCUUACAGUCCGGAAGUGUCAUGCCUAUUUCUGGAAACGAUUUUUUCGAUAGUCCUCAUGGUGCUUCGGAGCGCGUGCGACUUGGUUUUCCUUGUGGAUGCGUUUCUGUCGUUGCGCACGGCUUACGUGUCGAAGGAAGCUAUAGCGAGGGGGCACGGCAGCGAGAUGGUGACUAAUGCGAGGAAGAUUGCCCGGUCGAGGUGUUCCCUUGGCGGGGUGGUCUUCGAUAUCAUCGCGACUUUGCCGAUUCCGCAGGUCUUUGUGUGGGUGAUUGCCCCCAUGCUAAUCCAACUGGACAAGGCUUCAUACGAUUUCUCUACAGGCGGUGUCACUAUAGCCUUCAGCGCUAUCAUUCUACAGUACGUGAUGAAGCUGAUUCUCGCCGCCCGCUUCACCGUGCGAGCGCAGCGGGUCAACGGCUACAUCUUUGGCGCGGCGUGGUGGGGUUUUGCGUUGAACUUCAUCGCAUACAUGAUUGCUGCCCAUGUAUUCGGGUCCCUCUGGUAUCUGCUGGCGUCUGAGCGGGUGGCUACAUGCUUCCAGACGCUGUGCCAGCAGGUCCCCACGUCUGUGUGCAACCCCAAUUACGUGACAUGCCCCGAAGCAUACGAGACAACGACCGCUCAAGUGAGCCCAGCAUGGGCCGCAUGGGGCGCCAACGCUACUCUCGAGACGACGUGCUUCGAGGGGAAUGGGGAUUUCAACUUUGGCAUCUACAACAUGGCAUUGCAGCUGAUGAAGGAAGGCUCUGCUGUUGCCAAGAUCUUCUUUGGACUCUUCUUUGGCAUCAUGACUCUCAGCUCCUUCGGCAAUGCGCUCGUCCCCAGCACCAAUUUUGUGGAAACCACCUUUGCUGUCAUCAUGGUGCUAUCGGGUCUUAUGCUAUUUACCCUGCUCAUUGGGAAUAUUCAGGUUUUCCUUCACAGCAUCACAUCGCGAAUGGAGGAGAUGCAGCUGCGGAGGAGGGACCUGACCUGGUGGAUGAACCGCCACCAGUUGCCACCUGCCCUGCAGAAGCGCGUGCUGCGGCAGGAGCAGCAGAACUUCACUGCGACCAGGGGGAUCGAUGAGGAGGGGCUGAUUCGCAGCAUGCCCAAGAGCGUGCGGCGAGACAUUAAGCGACACCUAUGCCUUGACCUGGUGAAGAAGGUGAGCAGGGGAGGAGAGGAUACCGGGGCAAUUGAGCCUCUAUCUGGUGAGCAGCAGAACUUCACUGCGACCAGGGGGAUCGAUGAGGAGGGGCUGAUCCGCAGCAUGCCCAAGAGCGUGCGGCGAGACAUCAAACGGCACCUGUGCCUUGAACUGGUGAAGAAGGUAGGUGACUUGCUGAGACAGUCUCAGUGA